UGCGCAGGAGCGCCGUAGGGGGAAGACUCUUACGGGGGCGGGGGCUUCCUUUAGCAGCUUGGGGAGGAAGAAGCUGCUGCAGUGCGUAACUACGCUUGGCAGAAAGCGUCGCCGCGGCAGGACUUGAAUUAGUAGCAUUUGAAAGACGUAAAAAUGUCAGAAGAUAUCAAGAAGCGAUUUGAAUUUCCUAACACGCUCAUUCAGACACAGGGAGUGGGUCAUCUAAUUGCUGCAGUACUAAGAGAAAAAGUUUCAUCAGCCAAGAUCAAUCAGUCGUCUAACCAGACUCCUGCAUUAAACUUGCUUUGGGAGAAAUGCUGCAGUGAGAAUGUGACUGUGUGGACAGCAUGCUGUGAGAGCCUUGUGGCACUUGUGGCACAGGAACAUGCAGAGUUCAGUUAUGUCCUUAAUGGAGCUCUCAAUCUGAUUCCCUCUGCCAGGAAUGUGCAUGGUUUGAUAAAAACAAUUGGGAAAUUGCUACAGAUGCAAGCCCUUACUGUGGGAAAAAACGGAGAUGAGGCUGUUCGAAAUUUGUAUGCAAUCAGGAACCCUCCUCAUCCACUAAUCAGUGUACUUGAAAACAGACCUGUUUGCUGGCCAGUUGUCCUGCAGCAGAUAACAGUAUUCUUCCAACAGUGCCAAGAGAGCUGCAGGGCACAGAGUUCAUGUGUCUGCAUAAUGGAGCCAUUUCUAAGAUACCUGUAUUGUGAACCAGCCCAGUUGCGGGAACAUGCUGAACUGCGAAUGGGUCUACUUAAAAUAUUACUUCAACCGCGAAGUCCAGAGAACAAAGAGACACCUUCUGUGCUAGAACACCAUAUUCUUCAGUUACUCUGCGACUUGAUUCCAUAUUUUCAGAUAAAAGACUUGUCACAAAUUACAGAAGUAUUGUUGUUUCUAGAAGACUUAUUCCAGAGUCUACUGCGCUACCCUGUAUUUUGGAAACUCCAGUUGUCCCAGCUUUGUCUGCAGGUUUUAUGCUUCUGUGAGGUGUGUCUGGACAUAAUGGGGGAGUGUUCAUCUUUGAUUGGCCUACUAGAACAGAAUGUUGAGCUUUUGCAAGAGGAUUUUCCUGUUGAACAGACCAUAAUUGGAUUAGGAUUGCUUUUGCUACAGACUCCAGCAAGUCAGCAAAAACCCAUUUUAAAUCUAGCCUGCAAGCUCCUUUCCUGUUCAGAAACACAGAAAAUUCCAACCACAUCCCUUGUCUUGGUGAUGCCAGCACUGCAGAUCUUAUCUUCUACAGCAGUUGAGGACUGCAUAUCACAGGAAGAUGCUGGCUCCACUAGGCAACAGUUGGCUAUAAAUCUUUUGGAAAUAGUACAGCAGGAAGGCAUGAAAGAUGGAAAGCAAUUGUCAUCCUGCAAGCUUGUCUUCCCUAUUACCAGUAUUUACAGUUCAUUAUAUACAACCUGGAAGAUCUUACAGCUUAUGAAAGAGAGGUCUACAGUGUCUGAUUGGCUGUCUUCCAUUAAAUCACUGCUACCUGUUACUACUCAAGUCCCCACUCAUGCUUUUCUUAUACUGGCUUAUCUCUUGGUUCAAGAAAAUGGAGACAGUCUUCGUGCAGUACUAAGUGCCACUACAGAAAUAGCCAAAGCAGAUUACUCUCAGGUCCCAAAUCUAAUCCCAGUUUUGAUGUUUAAACUGGGAAGGCCACUGGAGCCUGUGCUGUAUCGCGAUAUUUUGUAUGCUUUGCCUACUCUGGGUGUGCAUAAGAUUUGUGUAGCUCAAAUUCUACGUGUAAUACAGGUUCUGGGGAACACACCAAAGCUUAGAGCUGUUUCUUUACGCCUGAUGACAUCUUUAUGGGAGAGACAGGAUCGGGUUUACCCAGAACUGCAGCGGUUUAUGGCAAUGUCUGACAUGCCCUCUUUGUCUGUUGGCAAGGAUAUUCAGUGGGAAAAGCUAAUUGCUAAAGCUGCGUCUAUCAGAGAUAUAUGUAGACAGAGGCCCUACCAGCAUGGAGCAGAUAUGUUGGCUGCGAUUUCCCAGGUACUGAAUGAAUGCACAAAGCCUGAUCAAGCUACUCCUGCUGCCUUAGUAUUACAAGGUCUUCAUGCACUUUGCCAGGCUGAGGUCGUUUGUAUUCGUUCUACAUGGAACGCGCUUUCGCCAAAGCUGAGUUGUGACAGGCGUCCGCUCAUUUUGAAAACACUGAACGAACUGUUUGCCUUGGUUCCCUCAUUAACGGUGAAUACAAAUGACUAUGAGAAAUUUAAAGUUCAAGUUGUCAGCUUCCUUUGGAGUCAUACUCAGAACAAGGAUCCUGUUGUAGCAAUUUCAGCGUACAAAUCUCUGUCUGAAUUUGGUUCUGAGGAACACACCAUCCUUCAUCUUCCUGAACAGGCAAGACCAGAAGUUGAUCAGCCAGAAGAGAUGGAUGUCACUGAAGAGGAAGAAGAGAAGGGGAUGGACCUUUCUGUUCCUGGCUCUGCUUAUAUCAAACUUUUGUCCCUAACACCUUCUGUGAUUUUACCAGCAUUUGAAGAGUUUGCAGCAUCACUUGUGAAACAAGAAAUGGCCAACAUGCCCCGUGGUGUUUAUCAUUCUGCACUGAGAAGAGGGGCCACACACUCAGAUCAAGGGAAGACUGUAGCAGGAGUUCCAAACUUCUUGUUGAAAAUGUAUGAGAGGAACAAGCAACCAGGUCUGAAGCCUGGCCUGGCAGCUGGCAUGUUGUUAUGUUAUGAUCUUCCAGUCCAUAUGGGCAAAGAUGGCAAACCAAUUAAUCGAUUUUUGGUCAGUAGGGGGCGCAAUUUCCAGCAAAUGUUAAUAGCUCUCAUUCAUGAGGUUAACAUACAGCCUUCUGAAUGGUAUCGCUCUCUCCUGCUCCCUCCGUCCUGGCUUGGAUUUAUGAGCAGAACAUACCAUGCAGUUUUACAGGGGAGACAGGCAGAGCUGGAGAUGCAGUUAAAACAUGGAAAAGAGGAUCUUGAAGAGGUGCAGUACAAACAAUUUACAGCCUGGCUCUGGGUCAGAGACAUGCUGAGUGAUGUUAUCAAGGGUGCUUCAAAGGAGAGCCCCGUGGUGAAAGGAAACUGUCUCUUAGCUUUAACUGGCCUUGUAGUUGCUGUAGCAAAAUAUGAAAGCAGCCUGUCCUCAGACAUUGAGGGGGGACCAGAGACUCAGCCUGAUUUUCUUCCCACACACCACUGGAUUUCCAUGGUGGUAGAGACACUCCUUAGUAUUGUGAACAGUCGCUAUCGUCCUCAAGGUCAAGUCUUCCCAUGGUUCUACCAGAAAUCAUAUUCAGGGGAAAACACAGCCAGUGCGAUUGCUCGCUCCUGCGCAGCCAUUGCUUUGUCUCUCUUGGUGCCAGUUUUCAUUGUAUCCUGCAAGGAGAAGGUUGAGGAAGUCCUGAGCAUGCUGACUGCCAGGUUACCUGGGAACCCAAAUGCUGAUGAGUCUCAAGGUGUUCAAAUCCACAUGGGCCUUGCUUUGGGGAUGUUUAUCUCGCGUUUGUGUGAAGAAAAAGUCAGUGAUGUAUCUGGCCAACAGAUGAAUCUACUUCUAAUGAAGUCCCUGGAUGCACUGGAAGCUUGCUGCUUUGAUACCAGUCUAGAGUACAACACUGGAUGUAUCUUGGGAGUAGGACUUGUUCUUUCACUUAUGAGUCACACCAACCAAACAGAGUCACGAGUUCACAUCUCUUCCUCACUACAAAAACUCUGUAACUACCUGGAUGAAAGUGAGGAUCAAAGCAGAACAUUCCAGGAGAUCCUUGCCUAUUCCAUUGCCUGUUCCUGCAUCUCUGCUUUCAGUGUUAGAAUCAUAGAAGCAGAGGAAGCUGACAAGGUUAUGAACAAGUUGCGGACUUUAACAGAAAAUAAUCAGCAGACGUCUGGUUUUGCCUUGGCACUGGGUACCAUAGUUCAUGGUUUGUCAGUCUUUGGACAUGGGAAAGCAGAAGACCUGAGCAACAGACUGUUACCUGCUUGGAUAAAGAUUGUACUUGCAGAGGGGUCUCCCACAAUGCUGCGCCUGGCUGCUGUGAAUGGGUUGGUUGCAUUGGUGGGUUCUGAAGGAGCCAUGAUACAGUUGAAAUUGGACACUAUUCAGUCUUCCCAGUUUCAAAAUAAACUUAAUGAAGUCAUCAGAACCUUGAUUCAGAUUGUCAGUUUUUCUGGACAGAUUGCCCUGCAGACAAAUGCAGCCUGGCUUUUAGGGCACCUUCAUCUAUCCAGUUUGUUCUCAGACCAGAGCAGGGCAUCUGUUCCUCCAGACUUCAGCUACUUGCCUGAAAACAGCUUUAUUAGGGCAGCUAUUGAUUAUGUCAUUGAAGGAGGCAAGAAAGGCCCUGAAUCCAUUCCCCCUACCUUGGUGAAGGUAGCCCUGGCACCCAUUGCUUUAGUUGGAAAAAGUUACCAGUAUCCACCUGUGAAUUGGGGAUCAAUUCUUUCUCCUUUGAUGAGACUAAACUUUGGUGAAGAGAUACAAUAUCUGUCUAUUGAACUUGCAGUGACCCAGGUCCAGUCUUCACAAAAUGCUGCAAUGCUUUUGGGGAUGUGGGUAGUACCCCCUCUGAUCUUCAGUCUUAGUAUGAAAACCAGGGAAUAUCUUUUUACUUCUUUGCCUCUGUGGAUGAAACACAUUGCAGAAGACAAACUGCAAACUUUUGCUGAAAUAUUUCUGGUACAGCAUUUUGAAGCAAAGAAUCGUGCAAAAAAUCCAAAGCUUUGCCAAAGUAUCCUGCAGGGUCUCAGCCAAGCUAUGAAACUUCCAACUCCUGCCCAGUAUUGCUGGAGCUGUCUGUGUCAGGCCACUGAGAAAAUAUUUGACUUUUUACCAAAUGAGAUUCAGAGAAGUGAAAUGGAAAUGUAUAUAGAUAUAGCAAAAUGCCUGUCAGAAAUGGCUGAUACAGAGAUUGACCGAAUUGCCCAAAUCUCUAAGAAAAAUAUAGAAAAGGCCUCUUUCAUCAAAGUGUAUCUAGUUUCUCAAGGCAGAUUACCUUUGAUGAGUUUGAAUGAUGUGAUUGGUAAUGCAAUAGAAUGCUGCUGGAAAGAGCCUAUUACAUGGAUGUUGUUGCAUUGUUUCUACCAUGCCCGAAUCAUAAGCCAUGAAAACACAGGAGUGUUGAAGAGAAUGGACUGGUUGUUAGAACUGAUGGGCUAUACUAGAAAUGUUGCUUACAAGUCAACUUCUAUACAAAAUGUGGAUCUUAAAGAGGCUGUAGAUUUCCUGUUGUGGAUAUUCGCAGCUUCUGUAGUUGCCUGGGCUGACCAUGCUGCACCACUACUACUUGGUCUCAGUGCCAGCUGGUCACCAUGGAAACCCAAAAACGCAUCACCAGAAUUGUCUGCAGAUCGAAUUGGCAAGCACCCAAUCGAUGAACUUGCUGUGCAGGAGAUGUUUACUCUCCUUCCAAGCAGUAUUCAACUUCUGCUAGCUAAAGAGCCUUGGAAGGAACAAACACAGAAGUUUAUCGACUGGAUUCUUAAUAUAAUGGAAAGUCCUAAAGAAGCACUAUCGGAUUCUUCCGGAGACCUAUUAAAAGCUGCACUUCUGGCUUUGAGGUUUUUUCCAGAAUUCAAAAAGAAAGCAGUGUGGACUAAGGCUUAUGGUUGGUAGCCACAACAAAGCAACCUCAUCUUAUCUGAUGAAGAGGAUCAUUAAUACUGAGAGCAUUCUGAGAAGUAUUGAAACAUCAAAAAAACUAAUUCCAAAGAGGUUUCCUACCAUGAAGUUUUAUGGAUUCCCUUUCCACCCCAGCUUGAGACAAGAGAAGAAUCAUUUCAUUUUGUGUGUCAGUAGACCAGCUUCUGCUAUGCACUGUCUUGCAUUGGCUUGGGGAUCCAUUCAGGACUGUAGAUUGCAUUUGAAUUAUAAUCUUGAAUUUUGAAGGUGCUUUAAAUGACAUAAUGAAAGCUGUAGAAGACAGCAUCUCUCUGUAAUGAGUGGAAAAUGUGUAUGAACAGUUGCAAAAAUUAAAAACAAAUAUUGCAAAGUUGUGGGCAUUUUGAAUGCUGCAUUCAUCGCAUAUACACUCCCCCUAAAUAAAACAUGCACAUUGUUUUUUG